AUGCUUAGGACGUAUGACGAAAUAUCACAGCUUUUGUUCUCGGACAUCAUUAAAAGUAGGUUAGUCGGUAAAGCAAAGGAAAUCAUUGAAAUUAAUACACAGGCACAGUCUUGGACCACAAUUAAGAAUAUUUUAGAGAACAACUUUGGUGAGAAAAAAAAUUGCGAACAAUUAUUUGACGAAUUAAGAGCAGUAACCUUUGAAACCACUACUGUAGAUUUUUACAAUGAAAUAAAACACAGACUCAGACGCCUGAAUAGCAAAGCCCUUUUGGUCAUUGGCGAAGGUGAAGCAGCUAAUCAAGUUUCUCUUAAUAAUAUGAAAUCUGCAUUGCAUAUCUUUAAAAACAAGAUGCCAGAACCUAUGCGGACUGUAUUAACUUGCAGAAACCCUGAUAGCCUGGAAUCUGCCAUGGAUAUUUUAUUCGAAAGCGGCUACGCCUACAUGGGAAAAGAUGGUCGUAUAGUAAAAAGGAACGAUAAAGGAAAAAGACAAAAUAAUGAAGGAAAAGACGGGAACCGAGAAUCUUCAGGAAGUGUAAGGAGCCAUAACAAUAGAAAUAAUUAUAAUAAUAAUAGAUCAAAUGAACAUAACAACCAUAAUUAUAAUAAUAGAUCAAAUGACUAUAACAAUCAUAAUCAUAAUAAUAAUAAUAAUAACAGAUCAAAUGAAUAUAACAAUCAUAAUUAUCAACACCGGGAAAACCAUAAUUAUCGGCAGGACAACCCGAAUUAUAACUACAAUCGAAAUCAACAACGUCACGGACAAAACCAUAACCAACCCCAACAACCAGAACCGAUGGAAAUAAAUAAUGUGCAACCUACUUCCUCAACAGAGAAUCAUCAGAACUACAACCAAAAUAACCAACUAUACAACCAAAGCGAACAAUAUUGCAAAUGUAAUGGACAAAACUCCAACCAACCCAGACAACAAGAACAAAACGAAAAUAAUGCAAACGAUGCACAAAAUUUUCAGCCGACAGCCUCAGCGGAAACCUACCAUAUAUAA